UAUUUUUCUGGCCUCUUCCUGCCCUCUUCACAUUGAUCCAAAAUGUAGUGCUGCCCCUGAAAAGAUAUACCUCCCUCCCCCUAUCAGCUUCCAAGUCCCACCUUUCAUCCUCCUCCCUCCUCGCCAAUGCUAUCACCGCUCUGAUCACACACAAACCUAACCCUCACUGUUCUACCCCCCUAGAUGGCUUCCGCCAACAACUGGUUGGGCUUCUCGCUCUCGGGCCAGGACAACCCGCAGGCUAAUCAGGAUAGCUCGCCUGCUGCCGCCGGCAUCGACAUCUCCGGCGCCACCGACUUCUACGGCCUGCCGACGCAGCAGGGCUCCGACGGGCAUCUCGGCGUGCCGGGCCUGCGGGACGAUCACGCUUCCUAUGGCAUCAUGGAGGCCUUCAACAGGAGCCAGCAAGAAACACAAGAUUGGAACAUGAGAGGUCUGGACUACAACGGCGGCGCCUCGGAGCUCUCGAUGCUCGUCGGGUCGAGCGGCGGCAAGAGGGCCGUGGAGGACGGCGAGCCCAAGCUCGAGGACUUCCUCGGCGGCAACUCGUUCGUCUCCGAGCAAGACCAAUCCGGCGGCUACCUCUUCUCCGGGGUCCCGAUGGCCAGCAGCACCAACAGCAACAGCGGGAGCAACACCAUGGAGCUCUCCAUGAUCAAGACCUGGCUCCGGAACAACCAGGUGCCCCAGCCGCAGCCGCCGGCUCCGCACCAGGCGGCGCCGCAGCCCGAGGAGAUGAGCACCGACGCCAGCGCGAGCAGCUUCGGCUGCUCGGAUUCGCUGGGGAGGAACGGCACGGUGGCGGCGGGGAGCUCGCAGAGCCUGGCGCUGUCGAUGAGCACGGGGCCCCAGCACCUUCCCAUGGUCGUGGCCGGCGGCGGAGGCGGCGCCAGUGGAGCGGCGGCCUCGGAGAGCACGUCGUCGGAGAACAAGCGGGCGAGUGGCGCCAUGGAUUCGCCCAGCAGCGGCGCGAUAGAAGCCGUCCCGAGGAAGUCCAUCGACACGUUUGGGCAAAGGACCUCUAUAUACCGAGGUGUAACGAGACAUAGAUGGACAGGGCGUUAUGAGGCUCAUCUCUGGGAUAAUAGUUGUAGAAGAGAAGGGCAGAGUCGCAAGGGUAGGCAAGUUUAUCUUGGUGGCUAUGACAAGGAGGACAAGGCAGCAAGGGCUUAUGAUUUGGCAGCUCUCAAGUAUUGGGGCACUACUACAACAACUAAUUUCCCAAUAAGUAACUACGAGAAAGAGCUAGAGGAAAUGAAACAUAUGACUAGACAGGAAUACAUCGCGUACCUAAGAAGGAAUAGCAGCGGAUUUUCUCGUGGGGCAUCAAAGUAUCGAGGAGUAACUAGACACCAUCAGCAUGGGAGAUGGCAAGCAAGGAUAGGGAGAGUUGCAGGAAACAAGGAUCUCUACUUGGGCACAUUCAGCACCGAGGAGGAGGCGGCGGAGGCCUACGACAUCGCCGCCAUCAAGUUCCGCGGGCUCAACGCCGUCACCAACUUCGACAUGAGCCGCUACGACGUGAAGAGCAUCCUCGAGAGCAGCACGCUGCCUGUCGGCGGCGCGGCCAGGCGCCUCAAGGACGCCGUGGACCACGUGGAGGCCGGCGCCACCAUCUGGCGCGCCGACAUGGACGCCGGCGUGAUCUCGCAGCUGGCCGACGCCGGGAUGGGCGCCUACGCGUCGUACGGCCACCACGGCUGGCCGACCAUCGCGUUUCAGCAGCCUUCGCCGCUCACCGUGCACUACCCGUACGGCCAGCCGUCCCGCGGGUGGUGCAAGCCCGAGCAGGACGCCGCCGUGGCCGCCGCCGCGCACAGCCUGCAGGACCUGCAGCAGCUGCACCUCGGCAGCGCCGCCCACAACUUCUUCCAGGCGUCGUCGAGCUCGACGGUCUACAACGGCGGCGGCGCCAGCGCUGCCGGGUACCAGGGCCUCGGUGGCGGCGGCGGCGGCUCCUUCCUGAUGCCGUCGAGCACCGUCGUGGCAGACCAGGGCCACAGCAGCACGGCCAACCAGGGGAGCACCUGCAGCUACGGGGACGACCAGGAUGGGAAGCUCAUCGGGUACGACGCCAUGGCGGCCGCCGGCGGGGACCCGUACGCCGCCGCGAGGAGCGGGUACCAGUUCUCGCAGGGCUCGGGAUCCACGGUGAGCAUCGCGAGGGCGAACGGGUACUCCAACAACUGGAGCUCUCCUUUCAACGGCAUGGGGUGAUGAGACGAUGGAAGAAGAAAGAAGAAGAGGGCAGGGGCCUAGUGGCUAGUGAUAGGGGAUUAGCUAGCAGAGAAUCAAGUCUAGGUUAGAGUCUUAUCGUUGCUGUGUUUUCGACGUACUCAGGUUUCUGGUUCUGCACAAUUAACCCGUGCAUGCACGCGAAAGGUGCUGCCUCUCUGGAAGCUGGUAAUGGCAGGUCAGGGUAAGUAAAGUUAGCGUUGUAAGUUUACCCUGACGUGCUGUUAGUUUUGGGUAGUUUCAGAAGGUCCAACCAGUUGAUCUCUUCAAAGACUCAAUCUUCAUCAUGCUAUGAAAAUAACUUCUUCAA